UGGGGAGCCCCCCCGCCCCAUAUCCUGCCCCUCAAAAGGCAGCUUCACCAAAAUGGGGUAUUUCCAGCCUUUGUAGCUUUCACUUCCACAUCUACCAAGUGGGCGGAGUGGCCUCCUGUGGACGAAUCAGAUUCCUCUCCAGCACCAACUUUAAGAGGUGAGCCAGGGGUUCAGGGUCCCAGAUGUACAGGAGCAGCAGGAGGAGCUGUCAGGAAGAUCAGAAGCCAGUCAUGGAUGACCAGCGCGACCUGAUCUCCAACAAUGAGCAACUGCCCAUGCUGGGCCGGCGCCCUGGAACCCCGGAGAGCAAGUGCAGCCGUGGAGCCCUGUACACAGGCUUUUCCAUCCUGGUGACUCUGCUUCUGGCUGGCCAGGCCACCACCGCCUACUUCCUGUACCAGCAGCAGGGCCGGCUGGACAAACUGACAGUCACCACCCAGAACCUGCAGCUGGAGAACCUGCGCAUGAAGCUUCCCAAGCCUCCCAAGCCUGUGAGCAAGAUGCGCAUGGCAACCCCGCUGCUGAUGCAGGCGCUACCCAUGGGAGCCCAGGGGCCCAUGCAGAAUGCCACCAAGUAUGGCAACAUGACGGAGGACCAUGUGAUGCACCUGCUCCAGAAUGCUGACCCCCUGAAGGUGUACCCGCCGCUGAAGGGGAGCUUCCCGGAGAACCUGAGACACCUUAAGAGCACCAUGGAGACCUUGGACUGGAAGGUCUUUGAGAGCUGGAUGCACCAUUGGCUCUUGUUUGAAAUGAGCAAGCACUCCUUGGAGCAAAAGCCCACUGAGGCUCCACCAAAAGUACUGACCAAGUGCCAGGAAGAGGUCAGCCGCAUCCCUGCUGUCCACCCGGGUACAUUCAGGCCCAAGUGCGACGAGAACGGCAACUAUCUGCCGCUCCAGUGCUAUGGGAGCACCGGCUAUUGCUGGUGUGUCUUCCCCAACGGCACGGAGGUCCCCAACACCAGAAGCCGCGGGCACCAGAACUGUAGUGAGUCACUGGAACUGGAGGACCCGUCUUCCGGGCUGGGUGUGACCAAGCAGGAUCUGGGCCCAGUCCCCAUGUGAAGCAGCAGAGGCGGUCUUCAACAUCCUGCCAGCCCCGCACAGCUACAGCUUUCUUGCUCCCUUCGGCCCCCAGCCCCUCCCCCAUCUCCCACCCUGUACCUCAUCCCAUGAGACCCUGGUGCCUGGUUCUUCAUCACCCUUGGAAACGAAAAACCAAGUCGGAACAGCAGAUAACAAUGCAGCAAGGCCCUGCUGCGCAACUCCAUCUGUCAACAGGGGCAUGAGGUCCCAGGAGGUGGCCAAAAGCUAGACGGAACCCCAUUCCUGACAUCACGGCAGCCUCCAACACAAGGCUCUGAUAUCUGGGCUCAUGGACAAGGUGGGAAGGCACAGGAAGAAGGGAUAACCCUACCCCCAGGCUGGACAGGCUGACUGUCCUUUCCCCUCUGGCCUUUGGCCUCGGCUUUUCUAGCCUAUUUACCCGCAGGCUGAGCCACUCUUUUCCCUUUCCCCAGCAUCACUCCCCAAGGAAGAGCCAAGAUUUUCCACCCAUAAUCCUUUCUGCUGACCCCUAGUUCUCUCUGCUCAGCCAAGCUUUUAUGAGCUCUCAGGGCCAUGGUUCAUGUUAGAAUAAAAGGUAGUAAGUAGAA